AAAAAAAGAGUCGCGCCGAUAUGUCAGUCCAGACGCGACCCAGACAGAGCUCGGGCCGGGGGCCCAGCCGCGAGAGCCGCGUCGUGAUUGGCUGAGCGCCGCCGUCCUUUUGAGACUCGCCCUCCUAUUGGCUGGAGCCGGGCGAGACGCUCAGCGCACAAUGUCUACCCGCUUUUGUUAUUGUAGCGAGCGGCCAGGACGCGGAGACGGCGAGCCUGAUAGUCCGCUAGCGACUCCGAUACACUCACACUAGAUGCCAGAGGGGGAAGGGGGCACGAAUUACUACCUCUCCGUCCUUGUCCACAAGACAGCUUUUCGCUAUUCUCUAACAAUACGACCGAUGUCAGAAUGUCCGUGAACUCUCCCAACAGUAAUGACGCCUGCCUCAGUAUCGUGCACAGCCUCAUGUGCCACAGGCAGGGCGGCGAAAACGAGGGCUUCGCCAAGCGUGCCAUCGAGAGCCUGGUCAAGAAACUGAAGGAGAAGAAAGACGAGCUGGACUCCCUCAUCACCGCCAUCACCACCAACGGAGUCCAUCCCAGCAAGUGCGUGACCAUCCAGAGGACGCUGGACGGACGCCUACAGGUUGCCGGGCGUAAAGGUUUUCCUCAUGUAAUCUACGCGCGCUUGUGGCGCUCUUUAUAUUAA